GAACUUCCGCCGUGCAGGAGAAGCGAUGCGACAUUACCUUUAAAAAGAGCGAUUACGUUCUGGGAGGCAAUUCGUGGCAGGAGGGCAGAUUAGAGCCCAACCCCCGUACACCUAACAGCUAUUCAUAUACAAUAAACCAACGAGCAAAGACGUUUGGCGAAGUCUUCAUUGCCGGCAGUCUUAUCUUUCCUUUCUGGAGUGAAGACAAAGAACAGCAAAAAAACCUACAGUCCAAAAACAUGCUAAGAUGAACUAGAGUUAUCAAGUUGUGAGUGUGCCCUUGCAAUGGGAUUCGCCACCUUGCACCCAUAGUCUCCAGAGCCCUGCAGCCCCAGAAAGGAUGAGUGGGUCAAGUGCCCCACUCUUAACUUGUACAUCCUCCUGCAACAAAGACUAUGAUUCUAAGAAUGAUCAGGCUUAAAAAAAUCAUCCUUGCCAUAACGCUCAUGAGCGGUCUUGCAGUUUUCCUGUACUAUUCUCUCAGAUCAAAGAGAGACGUUUCACUGGGGAUGGUGCUACAAGCCACUACUCUUGAACAGGCUGCCACAGACCAGUUUGAACCUGACCAGGACAACAACGUUGUUAUUACAGUGUCGGAAGCGUUCAGGCAAGCCUUCGCGCAGAAAUCUUCAUAUUGGAGCAGACGUCAAAAUGCUUUAUUGCAAAAGCUAGAUAAAAUGAAUACGUCUAACAUGACGAGAAAUAAGUUCAGCAGGCCUAAGUGCAGUCCUUCGACUUUUGAGCUGAUGCGUGCCAACAUAGGAGAUUUUGACUCCUAUCCAGAAAUGUACAAGAAUUUUUUGGUAGGAAUGAAUUGCAGAGAUUCUCGAAUUGUGAUAGAUCAGCCAAACAAAUGCAAGAAUUUGAACGGGGAGGGGCGACCUUAUCUUCUAAUUGCCAUCAAGUCGGAGUCCGGCAAUUUUUUGCAGCGUCAGGCGAUACGAAACACAUGGGGUCGGCAGGGGUCAUAUGGAGAUUUAACUGUGCGUACCAUAUUUCUCCUGGGCACAAGCUCGACACAGGAGCCCAGUUUGCAGCGUCUGUUGGACUUCGAGGGAAAAUACUUUAGCGACCUUCUGCAAUGGGAAUUUCAAGAGACUUUCUACAACCGGGCUUUGAAAGAUGCUCUCUUCCUGGAGUGGAUCUUGACACAAUGCCCACGUGUAACGUUCAUCUUCAGUGGAUACGAUGAUAUCUUCAUAAAUACAGCAGCUAUACUCCGCUAUCUGCAGUCCUUAACACCUGAAAAGGCAGCCAAGCUGUACGCUGGUCACCUUAACACCGAUUCAAACCCAGUUAAUGACCCUCAGGAGAAAUAUUACGUCCCUCCAAGCUUCUAUGAUGGUUCAUACCCAGCUUAUGCCACUGGUGCCGGCUUCCUGCUGUCAGGUUCCCUGGUAAAGCCUCUCCACAGGAUAUCGGUGUUCAUCCCUUUCUUCCCCAUCGAUGAUGUCUACACAGGAAUCUGCUUGCAGGCACUUGGAGUGGAACCUGAGAUGCUCACGGGCUUCGAGACAGGCAUGCAGGUCGACGACACCAACGUAUGUUUGUACAAAGACCUUCUGCUGAUGAAUAACCGGAAUCCACAGAAGAUACUCACGAUGUGGAAAAACAUCAACAGUCCUCUGCUCGUUUGCUAACAGCACAUUUUUACUCUUGCCCUCACCAACCAACCUGCGUGACGUUUACCCAGCACUCCUGCAGCAGAUGGAGUAAAGAACUUGCUUAUGGGCCCAAUGAACAAUUUUUAAACAAAAAAUUGUCUGAUAAUCAAAUGUAUAUAUUUGUAUAGAAGUUGUCAUCACAAUUUAUGCUGUAUUGAAUCACAAAAAUCUUAACAAAAUGUAAAAUUCUAUUACAAUAUUUUAUAACAGUAUUUUAUGUGGCUGUAGAACAUGAAGAAUCAAAUGGCCGUCAAAUGUUUUGGAAGGGAUUUCAGUUUGUUUUUAUUCAGUGUCAGUCUGUCAGGUUGAUAACCGAGUGGUAAAUUUGUGCGACCAUAGUCUACAAUGUGGGAUAUCAAAUGACAAGCUGUUAUAAUGAUUGUUAUGCUGAUGUUGAUAGUGGUUUAUGUGCUGUUUUAUGUUAUGUUAUGUUAUGUUAUGUUAUGUUAUGUUAUGUUAUGUUAUGGAGGCGGGGAGGCAGGGUGAGAGGUGGGGUGGGAGGUGUUUGGCGACCAGUCACUUUGGACUUCCAGUGGUUUUUCUUUAUACGCUUUUGGUUCUUCUCUUAUGUGAUUUUCUGCUAUUUUUUCCAUAUAAAUUUAACUAACAAUUAAUUGCUACACGCUCUUGUUAAGUGUCUUGGAGCAACGGUGUGGUGAAAGAUGAUAAAUUCAUACAAUCUUAUUUUGUAUAGUGCACUUUCACAUAAAAUUCUCUCGAAUCACGUAAUAUUGUCCCUGUCCAAAGCCCCCAGAGAGCAAGUCAGAGGCAACAGUGUGAAGGAAACACUCCCUAGAAGGAAGAAACCUUGGGAGGACCCAGACUCAAAGGAGGAGCCCAUCCUCCAGGGGCCGGCAGGGAUACUGAAACGUGAAAGAUGGCAGAAUCCUAAUUUACACUGUGCAAAAAUUAAGAUUCGAGUCUGGGUGCAGGGGGCAGGCAGGUGACGGCACACAGGUGCUGGUGCUGCUUCUGAUGGAAUGAUGAACAGCGGUACAGCAGCAGGGAAGGAAGGAUAGACGUCACAGGCUGAGGGGAAGGCAGGCCGGAAGGAUGUCACAAGCAGAGGGGAGGGCAGGCCGGUAGGACGUCACAGGUGGUAGAGAACUAGUUAUGUAUAUACAAAAAGAAACUGAAUUGGUGGUGCCAGCAAUAGACUAUUAUAUUUAUGUGGGUUUUUGUUUGUUGUAUAAAAUUAACACACAAUAUACAUUCAUGCAAUGCUCCUGAGCAGGAUGAUUCUGAGCAAAAUAUGAAUCUCAAUUUUUUUUCCACUCAGUUGAGAUAAUGAUUUUCUGUCAUGAUUCUUGAGCAGUUUAUUUAUUAUUAUUUUACAUUACAUAUUGUCUUUUAUGAAGUCUUCAUCAAUUAAAGUUAACGACAUGAGAACUACUACUGAAAAAAUGGUGAUGAUUCCAUUGGACAAUCAGCUAUUUUCUGUAGUGGAGGACAAGGGUUUUACUUAAAAGAAAUCUAAAAGUUCCAGCCCGCAAAAUGCCUAUAAUUCAUAUUUAUAUCUGGUCCAUUUUCCACAAAACAAAAAUUUAUUUUUGCUAGCCUGUACCAGCAGGCUUGGCAAGUUUCACCACCUUUUUUUAAUAAAAGGAAAGUAUGCUACUCAGUUUUCCUUAUUGUGCUGCACUGUAACUUACAAUGCAAUAGUAAAUCCUGUUUUGAAUGAA